GACGACUCUGAGUUCCGGGAUAAGAUCACUCCCAUCUCUGUGUUCAUGGAGUUUAGUCUGGACUACCAGCAGGCUGCAGAUAAGACCGGCCUACUGCCUAUCCUGGACCAGUCUACGCCCACCAACAUCUCCAAACAGGCCCAUAUCCUACUGGACUGUGGAGAUGACAACAUCUGCAAGCCAGACCUCAGACUGUCUGUAGUGAGUGACCAGAAGGAGAUCUACAUUGGAGACGAUAACCCCUUGACCCUGGAGGUGACCGCGGAGAACCGAGGAGAAGGGGCGUACGAGGCAGAGCUACAUGUCUUCAUUCCUCCCCAGGCCGACUUCACCGGGGUCGUACGCAACAGUGAGACUCUGUCUAGAUUGUCCUGCGCCUACAAGAUAGAGAAUCAGACCAGGGUGGUGGUGUGUGACCUGGGGAACCCCAUGAAAGGAGGAACUAAAGUGCUGGCCGGACUACGUUUCAGCGUCCACCAGCUCUCGGAGCAGGACACGUCUGUGGAGUUUGACCUGCAGAUAAAGAGUUCCAACCAGUUCAACAACACCAGCAGUCGAGUCCUCAGCAUCACAAAGCUGGCUGUCCUUGCCAAGGUGGAUAUCAGAGGGUAUGU